AUGAUACCUGAAAAGGUUGAAGCACUCUUGCAGGCAAAACGCCCAUGUACAAUAAAACAAGUCCGAUCAUUUCUGGGUAUGGCUGGGUAUUACCAAAAAUUUGUACCUAAUUUUUCCACUAUAGCAGCCCCCCUGAGUGAUCUAACAAGAAAGGGACAGCCUAAAAAGGUGAAUUGGGGUGAGCCGCAGCAAAAAUCUUUUGAUGAUUUGAAGGAAAUGUUGAGUAGACAACCUGUGCUGAGUUUACCAAAUUUUGCGGAACCAUUCAUAAUACGCACAGACGCGUCUAACUGCGGACUAGAAGCAGUUUUAUUGCAAAAUAAAGGUGACCAUGCAUUUCCUAUUGCCUAUGCAAGUAGAAAAUUAUUGGAUAGGGUAACCUCUUAUUCAGUCAUUGAAAAGGAAUGCCUUGCACUUGUGUGGGGAAUACAUAAAUUUCAGAGAUACUUGCAUGGACGGGAAUUUGUGAUUGAAACAGAUCACCAACCGUUAAUAUAUUUGAACCGUGCCAAAGUUUUGAAUGGCAGAUUAAUGCGCUGGGCUCUUUCCCUACAACCUUAUAAUUAUAGAAUAGUAGCUAUAAAAGGGUCUCAUAAUAUUGGUGCUGAUUAUUUAAGUCGCAGCACUGGUGUAAAAAAAUACGAGUUGAGAUCGGAAGAGCCUGUGAAUAAACAUAUGGGCGUAUUGGAGUGUGUUGGUGUUGGAUUAAUCGAUGGUCACGAGUUGGACGAUUCGUGGGCAGACGAUCCAAGUCGAGAGACUGCCGACUUAGUAGAAACCAUUACUAUUGCAGGUAAGGAAAGCAUUAAAGAUGUGCACAUCUGGGAAGGGUUUGACGACGAACAAGCGAAGGUAGUUAGCAUGCUACUUGUGAAAUUUGCUGACACUUUGUCGGAUAUUCCUGGUAAAUGUAGAGUAGGGCAACAUAAUAUUCAUUUGACCUCCGAUGUGCCAAUCAGAUCACGUCCAUAUCCCCUGCCAUAUGCCUUGGAGAAGACAGUAAGGGAUGAAAUCCAAACGAUGUUGAAAAUUGGGGUCAUUGAACAAUCAAACUCCCCAUAUUGCUCCCCAAUCGUACUCAUUAAGAAAAAGGAUGACGCAAUUAGGUUCUGUAUCGAUUUUCGGAAGUUGAACAAGAUUACCAUUUUCGAUGCAGAACCUAUUGCCAAAUCCCGAGGAAAUGUUUGCCCAAUUGGCUAA